UAAUGUAAAGAAUUCAAACACUUUCCAAUUAGUUCAAUCAUACUAUUGCUCCACCUGCUUCAAAUGUCACAUAUCCAUGGGUUAUGAAAUAUCCUGAUUGCUUCCCAUUUGAAUAGGUUGGCAAUCUUAAAGGCAAAACUGUAAUCAUUAGUGGAGGAUCAAGAGUAUAUCCAAAUUUUUAAUAACUUUUUUAGGGUAUUGGAUUGGCUAUUGGAAUUAGAGCUGCCAAAGAUGGUGCUAAUGUUGUCAUUCUUGCCAAAACUGUAGACCCACAUCCUAAAUUGCCAGGUACAAUUGCUUCAGCUUGUGCUGAAAUUGAAAAAGCAGGAGGUAAGGCUUUGGGAAUUCAAUGUGAUAUCAGAUUUGAAAAGGAUAUUUAAGCUGCUGUAUAAAAAACUGUUGAAACAUUUGGAGGAAUUGAUAUUGUAGUAAAUAGUGCAAGUGCAAUAUCACUUACAGAUACAGAAUCUACAGACAUGAAGAAAUAUGAUUUAAUGCAUUCAAUUAAUACAAGAGGAACUUAUUUAAUGAGUAAAACUUGUAUUCCUUAUCUCAAAAAAUCAUCUAAUCCUCAUAUUCUUAAUUUAUCACCACCUUUAAAUAUGUAAGCAAAAUGGUUUGCACCACAUAUAGCCUAUACUAUGGCUAAAUAUGGAAUGAGUAUGUGUGUUUUAGGAAUGAGUGAAGAAUUCAAAGGUUAAAUAGGAGUAAAUGCUUUAUGGCCACGAACAUCAAUUGCAACAGCUGCAGUUUAAAAUGUUCUAGGAGGAGACUCUAUGAUGUAAGCAUCUAGAAAUGUAGAAAUUAUGGCUGAUUCUGCACAUGUUAUAUUAACAAGUUGUCACAAAAAGACAACAGGAAACUUUUUUAUUGAUGAUGAAGUUUUGGCUAGUGUAGGAGUCAAAGAUUUUAGCAUAUACAGAUGUGAUCCAAAGUUCACUGAUUCAUAAUUAGCACCUGAUUUUUUUAUUUGAG